GUUGAUUCUUCUUCUUCAUCGUGUCUCCUGCAGCAGCUUGUUCGGUUUGACAAAGCUUCGUGUGCUGCGGCAGCGAUCAUAGUCGGUUACCCAUUCUGCCAAUCUGAAGGAGCCGCCGGGUUCGCUUAACCGAUGUCUUCUCCCCAUCUGAAGGCCAUUAUUUUUGAUAUUGGCGGCGUCGUUCUUCAUAGCCCGUUCAUUGCGAUCGAUGAGAUCGAGUCGGAGAAGGGUCUACCCAAGAAUUACCUGAAUGUCUCGAUAGCCUCUCGGGGGCCGGGUGGGGCCUGGGAGAGAUUCGAACGUGGAGAGCUAUCGCUCUUCCCAUUCUACGACGAGUUUGGACGUGACUUGUCCGACACAGAAAAUGGUAACAAAUGGUAUACGGAAUACUGUGCUCGCAAACAAAUAGAUCUCCCGGCUUUACCUGUGAUGCUUGAUAUUGACGGCCGCGAGGUUUUUGGUAGGAUGAUGCGACAGUCUACGGCCUAUGAUUGUCACAUCCUGCGGGCCAUUCACCGGAUAAGAGCGUCUCGAAGAUGGCUUAUCAUCGCUCUUACUAAUAAUUACUCGAAGCACAUCACAGGCUCUUCUUCUUCGAUACCCCUGACUGCAGCACAACCUCCUAUAGGAGUUUCCGACUCGGAGUUGCGAUUCUUAGGGUGGGAGGAUGAGGCAAAGCUUCAUCUCCGUGCGUUAUUCGACGACUUCUGUGACUCCAGCGAGUUAGGUAUGCGGAAACCUGAUCCCGAAUUUUAUCUUCUUGCCUGUCAGCGAAAUGACAUUCGUCCCGGAGAAGCCGUCUUUCUUGAUGAUAUAGGAAUGAACUUGAAGGCCGCUCGCGUUCUUGGCUUGGAGACCAUCCAUGUUCCGAUAGGUGGCACUCUCAAUGCAGUCAAACAGUUGGAAGGGAAAUUAGGCAUCGACCUUACUAGUGACCUUGACCAUGACAACACAACAUCUGCUAAGCUUUGAAAGCCAUGGUUACAGUUUGGUGGUAUCGCAAUCUGUAUAGACACCUCCGCGGGGGAUUUAGAUAAUCGAAGA